AUGGAGCAAUUAUCAGAUGAAGAGCUUGACCAUGGUGCAGAAGAAGAUAGUGAUAAGGAAGAUCAGGAUCUGGACAAGAUGUUUGGCGCCUGGCUGGGGGAGCUGGACAAACUCACACAGAGUUUGGACACAGACAAGCCUGUAGCACCAGUGAAGAGAUCUCCUCUCCGCCAAGAAACUAAUCUUGCCAACUUCUCAUAUCGCUUCUCCAUGUACAAUUUGAAUGAAGCCUUGAAUCAGGGGGAGACGGUGGAUUUAGAUGCCCUCAUGGCUGAUCUCUGUUCCAUAGAGCAGGAGCUCAGCAACAUUGGGUCUCAUUCAGCAAAUAGUGCUGCAGUGAAACGGCUACCCACAGAAACCAAAGCUCCGAAACCACUUGCUAGUCGACCUUCUGCAAAGCACAGUAGCAUGAAAGGAUUAUCCUCUUCAGCUGGUAAGGUGACUAAACCAUCCCAUGCCAAUGUUUCUCUGGAUGACAUCACUGCACAAUUAGAGAAAGCCUCCUUGAGCAUGGAUGAGGCAGCCCAGCAGUCUGUCACAGAAGACACUAAGCCUGCUCAGCACAGGAGGACAGCAUCUGCUGGCACAGUGAGUGAUGCUGAAGUGCGCUCCAUUAGCAACUCCUCCCGUUCCAGUGUGACCUCCGCAGCUUCCAGCAUGGACUCCUUAGAUAUCGAUAAGGUGACAAGACCUCAGGAACUGGACUUGACAUCACAAGGGCAACCAAUCACUGAGCACUCCUAUUUGGACAGGGAAACCUCCCUCCUUCUGAGAAACAUUGCAGGGAAGCCUUCUCAUUUGCUGACCAAGGAGGAACAAGCUGCUAAACUCAAAGCUGAGAAGAUUAGGGUUGCCUUAGAGAAGAUUAAAGAGGCACAAGUGAAAAAAUUAGUGAUCAGAGUCCAUAUGUCUGAUGACAGCUCUAAAACAAUGAUGGUGGAUGAGAGGCAGACAGUGAGACAAGUGCUAGACAAUUUGAUGGACAAAUCCCACUGUGGUUACAGUUUAGACUGGUCGUUGGUAGAAACCAUCUCUGAAUUGCAAAUGGAAAGAAUCUUUGAAGAUCAUGAAAAUUUAGUUGAAAAUCUUCUGAACUGGACAAGAGACAGUCAGAACAAACUAAUGUUUGUGGAACGAAUAGAGAAAUAUGCACUUUUCAAGAAUCCCCAGAACUAUCUUCUGGGGAAAAAAGAAACCUCUGAAAUGGCAGACAGAAAUAAAGAAGUGCUGCUAGAGGAAUGUUUCUGUGGAAGCUCUGUAACAGUGCCAGAAAUUGAGGGAGUUUUGUGGCUGAAAGAAGAUGGUAAAAAGUCAUGGAAGAAACGUUACUUUCUUCUUAGAGCUUCUGGAAUCUACUAUGUCCCUAAAGGGAAAGCAAAGGUAUCACGGGAUCUCGUGUGCUUUCUACAGCUUGAUCAUGUCAACGUUUACUAUGGACAGGACUAUCGGAACAAGUACAAAGCACCUACAGACUACUGCUUAGUACUGAAGCAUCCUCAGAUCCAGAAGAAAUCCCAGUAUAUCAAGUAUCUUUGCUGUGAUGAUGUGAGAACUCUACACCAGUGGAUCAAUGGCAUCCGCAUUGCUAAGUAUGGGAAGCAGCUGUACAUGAACUACCAGGAAGCACUGAAGAGGACGGAAUCGGCAUAUGACUGGACUUCCUUGUCUAGCUCCAGUAUCAAGUCAGGCUCCAGCUCAUCUAGUUUGCCAGAAUCUCAAUCAAAUCAUUCUAAUCAGUCUGACAGUGGAGUUUCUGACACGCAGCCAACUGGACAUGUCCGUUCCCAAAGCAUUGUCAGCUCCAUGUUCUCCGAGGCCUGGAAGCGAGGCACUCAACUGGAAGAAUCUAGCAAGGCCCGUGCCGAGCCCGCAGGGCGGCCCUUGGUGUCCCUCGCCCCUCCCGUGUCCCCGCAGCCCAAAGCGGCGGCUCCCUUCGCGGCGUCGCAGCCGUCGCCGCCACUGCCGCCGCCGCCGCCCCCGCCGCCCCCUCCACCGCUUCUCCUCCGCCGCCUCCGGCCGCUGCCAGCGCCCCCGAAGCCCCUCAUGGCAGCUCUCCCCAGCCAGCCCUGCAAGGCAGCGUCCCUGGGGGGCUCGCACGCUGCUCCCUCCGGGCCCGCUCCCUUGCCCCCUGCCAUAAAGAAACAGCCGAGUGUUACCUCUCCACAGGUGCCACCGCUGUCCCCAGCCCCUGCCAGUGUCACUCCCCCACCCACCUUCCCCAAGCAGCAGAGCUUCUCCGUGAAGCCCCCUGCAUCCCCACAGUCCCCGGUGCCGUCGGUGGUGAAGCAGAUAGCCAGCCAGUUCCCGCCGCCUCCCACGCCACCUGCCACCGAGCCCCAGCCUCUCAAGCCACUGCCGCUGAGCGUGGCUCCCCAGUCACCUCCGGCCGUGAAGGCAAAGCCCAAGUGGCAACCUAUGGUUGUUGCCUCCCCUGACUUCCCCCCUCCUCCACCUGAGAGCAGUUUAGUGUUUCCUCCUCCACCUCCUUCCCCAGCUACCUCUGCAGGUUCUCCCCCCCCUGACAGAUCAGGGUCUCCAGUCAAAAAGACCAGCAAGACAUCGAGCCCGGGAGGGAAGAAACCGCCCCCAACACCUCAGCGCAACUCAAGCAUCAAGUCCACCAGCUCCACUGAGUACCACGAGUCCAAGAGGCCUUCAGUGGACCGCCUUGUCAGCAAAUUUGCACACCCUCCGGAGCCCGCGGGGUCUCCUUCCAAGGAGUCAUCGCCUCCUGCAGCCCCUCCAAAGCCGGGGAAGCUCAACCUUUCUGGGGUGAGCCUGCCAAUUGUCCUUCCGCACGGAGGCAUCCCGGCCAAGGCUUCCAUCCUGCCCGUAGCCGGGAAGGAGCCCGUGGUCGAAUUCCCUUCGCCACCAUCGGAUUCGGACUUUCCACCGCCACCACCUGAAAUAGAUCUUCCUCCCCCACCGGUUGAGAUCCCAUCAGUGUUUUCAGGCAGCACCUCCCCAAAAGUGGCAGUGGUCAAUCCUCAGCCUCAGGCGUGGUCAAAACCACCGGUGAAGAAGGCCCCGCCGCCCACGCGUCCCAAGCGGAACGACAGCACACGGCUGACGCAGGCGGACGCAGCGGAGCCGCCCGGGCCAGCCAGCCCCCAAGUGCCCACUUCACCCAAGUCCAGCCUUAGCGUGCAGCCGGGCUUCCUGGCAGACCUCAACCGGACGCUGCAGCGCAAGUCCAUCACCCGGCACGGCUCCCUCUCCUCGGCGCGCGCCUCCCGAGCGGAGCCCACGGCCACCAUGGACGACAUGGCCUUGCCGCCGCCGCCGCCCGAGCUGCUGGCCGACCAGCAGAAGCCGAGCGGCUUUGGGGGCAGUCACAUAUCAGGCUAUGCAACGUUGCGGAGGGGGCCGCCCCCCGCGCCCCCCAAGAGGGAUCAAAACACCAAGCUCUCGCGGGACUGGUAGGCGCUGCCCAGGGCCGGUGCUCCGGGGACUCGCGAGC